AAAAAAAGAAGGUUGUGAGCUGUCAUAUUUAAAAAAAAAAAGAAUUCCAAAAAUUAUAACGUGAUUAUUAAGCUCUUUUAUAGUGGGACCGCUAUUAAGUCUUUCUCUGAUAAUUAAAACUGCAGUAAGAACUCUGCCAGUCUCCCAGGUGUCACCAGUUCAUUGCUCUUAGAAAGUAACCAGACUUUCUCCUACUCAGAGCACUUUCCAAGAGGUUGUAAAACAAUCAUCAAGGGUCAUAAAAAGAGAACAAAUGAUUUAUUACAGGUACAAGGACAAAGGAUAAAAUAUUGCCCGGGUUUAUCUAUGCACAACUUCACUAACAACUUAGGUAUGUUUUUAGACCUUCAGUGAACCUGCAGAGCUGACACUGGUGAUGAAUGUUUAGCCAGAUGAUUACUCCUGAUGGAUAUUCAUGUAAACAUUCUCUGUUGUAAACUUCUAUUUCAGUUUAUGCUUUGGUCUUUCAUAUGAACUUGUGAUGAACUUUGUAGCAUGUGAUUAUGUAUUCCGAAAGAUGUUUAAGUGCUGAGGACAAAGAGAAGAGACACAGAAGAACUGUGCUGGAGAAGGACUGAGCUGGAGUCAGGUUUGAGCCAAGUAGAACUGAGCUAAAAAGAUCUUGGCUGAGAAGAAUGCAGAAUGGAAUAACUAGGAGACUAUAGGUAACUUAAAGAGAGCAAUGUUCAGAAUGCAGAGGAAAAGAGGAAAAAAGAAGCUGGAGAGAGCAGAAGGAGCAGGCAGGUUUCUCCUUACCAUGGGACGGAACAGGUCAUUUCUUAAUAGCAAGGCAGGCUUAGUCUUAUUAAAAGGAACAAGCCUUUUCUCUUACAAACUUGGGUUUAAUUCACUUAGCAUUAAAAGGGUAGAAGCUUUUUCUUUCUCUAUGGAAUAAAGAUUGGAGCUCAUCUUUCAUCCAGAAUGAGUGAGUUCUUUCUGAUCGGUGCUUGGUCUUUUGCUCCAUGUGUAUAUGUAAGUAUGGAUGUGUAAGUUUGUAAUUGUGAGAAUGUAUACAUGUGUAUGUGUAAGAAUGUAAUUGUGAGAAUGUAUGUAAGCUGGGCCCAGUCGAUUUUGAGUGGAAAUGUAUAAAUGCACAUUUAUUGAAUCCGUGUGUGAAAUUAUAUACAUUUAUGCAUAUGUGGCUAUGUAAAAGUUUUUCCUUCUGCAAGCGCUAUUCACUUCUCUUGGUUCAGUAGAUGUUUAUUGCUCCAAACUUCCCCCUAGCCUGACCAGCAAGAGGCACAGGGACAAAAGGGAAAAAGCUCUAGCAAUUAAUCUUCUUCUUUAUCUCCUGCUGUUUUAGAAUGAGGUGCGAAAUGCCAGAGACUGCAGUUUCUUCCCUCAGAAGAACACAGAAGGCCGGUCAGUUAGAGUAGCAGAGCAUAGGGACUUAGACAUAGAUAAGUAAAUCAGCUACAAUAACUUAGUAACUUAGACUUAGAUAAGUAAACUUAUUAUUAUACAGCAACCCUAAAUAUCUCGUAAGACAAAGUCUUACCCUCCACCGAAGCUCUUUCCCCUCCGCUGCCUCAAGAAGAACCAACAAAGAGAAGACCUGUUGGGGCUGGCCCCCUGCAAAAUACCAAAUAAAUACCAAUUAAAUACCAAAUAAUCAAGGUGAAAAAUCUCAAAGUAAAUAAACUGGAGGUGAGGAGAACUGUUACCACACACAUUAAUGAAAUUCAAGAAAAUUGUUAGUUUUUAUCUUAAAAAUCAUAUAUUCCAAUGAAUUGGAAUAAUCUAAAAUAAAAUACAUAGAUUUCUAGAUGUGUAUGUCCUACUAGAUGUAAAUCAUGAAGAUAUUUAAAAAAUAGAGCAGUUUGUAGAAAGCAAUAAAAAUGAAGCAGUAAUCAAAUAUCUCCCAAUUAGAAAAAUUACCAGACCUUCAAUGAAAUACUAACACGAAGGCUUCUCAAACUGUCCUGUUUAACAGCAAAGGAAGGUUACGUUACCAAACUCUUUAUGAAGCUACUAUUAGCAUAUAUAUAUAUAUAUAUAUAUAUAUAUAUAUAUAUAUAUAUACACACACACACACACAAUCUCUCAUAUGUAUGCAAAAUUUCUUUAAAAAUAUCUGCAAACUCGAUUCAAUAAUAUAUCAAGAAAUCACCAUGAUCAAGGUGGUUCCAGAGAUGUAGUGCUGGUUCAACUUGUCAAUCAAUAAAUUUUAUAAAUUUCACAAAUAACCUAUUGUUUUUUAUGGAAUAGAAAUCAAAUGGCAUCUUGAUAGAUAUGGAAGGCUUUUGACAAAACCAACAUCAAUCUUGUCAAACGUCCCAAAGAAGCUCAGAGUAGAAGAAACAUCUCACCAUAGCAAUAUAUAUGGCAAGCCUGUAGCUGACAUAUUAUGGAGAAAACAAGGCUUCCCACUUUUCUCUUAUUCAAGACGGUACUGAAAAAUCUUAGCUAGAACAAUGUAAAGCAAAUAAAAGGAAUAUAAUACGGCAAGGAAGAAGUCAAAGUAUCUCUAUCUGUAGAUAAUAACAUUCUAUACAUCAAAGACUCUAAAGACUCCACCAGAAAACCUAAAGAAUGGAUAAUUACUUUCAACAAAAUGACAGAAUACAAAAAAUGACAUAGAAAAGCCAGUGGUCUUCCUAUAAACCAAUGAAAGUAACCUAAGAAGGAAAUCAGGGGAAUAAUGCUUUCAUGACACUUUAAAAAUCCAAGCAAAAAUCUCUUGAAUUAAACCUAAGGAAGUAAAGACCUCUAUAAUGAAAAUUUUACAUCCUGAAGAAAGAAAUUAAAGAAGACACUAGAAGUUUGAAAUGCUCACAGGUGGCCAUAUUUCCAAAAUCAAUGUGAAGAUUCAAUGCAACUCCAAGAGAAAUUAGGGGGGGUUGGGGAAUAUUGUCAAAAGUCAUUAUAUACAUGCAUGAACACACUAUAAUAAAUUACAUUAUUCUGUAUAAUAAAUAUUUAUUGAAACACUUUUUAAAACUUUACUAUAGAUCCAAGCUGACACAUACACACAAUCACACACACACACACACACACACACACACACACACACACACACACACACACUCUCUCUCUCUCUCUCUCUCUCAUGACAAAACUCCAAAACACCAGUCAGGCAUAUGAUGUUCUGCCAGCAAGCCCAUCUCUGGUGAGGUGGAGACAGGUGGAGGCCUGGGAUCCAUUGUCAAGACAGCCUAGCCUAAAUUAUUGAUCUCAAGUGAGACACCCGGCUUCAAAAACACGGUGGAUGUUACCUGAGGAACACUACACAAUGUCAGCAUUUGGUCAAGAGAUGCAUGCAAACACACAUGAACAUACACUGUAUACAAAUGGUACAUAAUUCAGACUAAAAGCUGCGGCACAUGCCAGAACAUAGCUGCUCCAAGGAUUUUGCACAAAAGGAAAUAACCUAGCUGCCAAGAGACAAAUAUUAUAUGAUUUUAUUUGUACAAAGAACCUAGAGACAUCAAAUUAUAGCAAUGGAAAGUAGCAUGGUGGCUGCCAAGGGCUAUGAGAGGGAGAAGUGAAGAGCUGGUAUUUAUUGGGUAUAGAAUUUCAGGUUGAAAUGGUAAAAGAAUUGUGGUGAUGGACGGGAAUCAUAAUCCCACAAUACUGUGAAUGUACUUCAUGCCACUCAACUAUCAACUUAAAAAGAUAAAAAUGCCAGCUUUCAUAUUAUGUAUAAUUACAAGAAUAAUAAACAAAAGGUCCCCCCUCAACAUAAAGUGAUCGGGAGGCUGGGCCCUGCAUAGCUGCAGUAACAGCAAUGUUAUCUGCUUUGGUCAGUUUCCUAACUGUCUCACUGCAUUUAGAUGCCUGUAUCUUUAAAAUAGUGCAACAUUAAAAUGUCUAAGUAUCUGUUGAAAUCUCAAAGGAAACUCCUUUGAGCGUCUUAGUGUAAUGGAGGUAGCUGUUGGCUCUGAAGUUCCGAGAAGAAGGCAGAACCAUAGAGAAGCCUGAGUGCUCUGCAUAGCACUAACCCCGGCUUUACUCGCUCAGUUCACUUUCCUUUAUAAAACUUCACAGAAUGAAAUGUUACAACUAUCUGGGUUGAUUCAUCACAUGUACUUUCACGAGAAAUCCAGCUUUCGAUGCUUCUUUUGUCCUCAAAUGCCUUUUUUAAAAGAGAUGUCACUGAGGCUGGGGUGCGUGAAACCCCUGACUGCACUGGUAGUGGCUGGCAACAUGCAAGGAUUUUUUUCUUCACUAAAUGUUUGUGUCAUCCUUGACUGUGGAGAGAUGUUUAAAUUCAUGCUGGCAUAAGACAAUAUGCUUGUUUAGAUGUGUAGACUAACGUUUCAUGUAACAAAAUCAGUUUAUUACUCCUAGAGUGGCAGCCACCUCAAGACAGGAUAAGCGGUGAGUGACAGCGUUCUGCCUGCGUGUGCGCAUGCGGGCCAGCAGAGGGCGCCAGAUCCCAUCACAGAUGUUUGUGAGCCUCCAUGUGGUUGCUGGGAAUUGAACUCAGGACCUCUGGAAGAGCAGUCAGUGCUCCUAUCCCCCGAGCCAUCUCUCCAGUACUUGACAAUGUUCUUAAUGAACUGAUACUAAAAUUUCAGAGUAAACACUUGCUUUCAAAACGUUGUGAAGCCAUCAGUAACAACUAAUAUUUCAUUCCUGGUUUGUGAAGCUGUUUAUGCAUGGCCCAUGCUGCCAUGUUUAAAAGAAGAAAAGAUGUUUUUAUUUCCAUGAAAGUUGAAUAAAUUUUUUUAAGAUUUAUUUAUUUAUUAUAUGUGAGUACACUGUAGCUGUCUUCAGAUACACCAGAAGAGGGCAUCAGAUCUCUUUACAGAUGGUUGUGAGCCACCACGUGGUUGCUGGGAAUUGAACUCAUAAGAAGAGCAGUCAGGUGCUCUUAACCACUGAGCCAUCUCUCCAGCCCUGAAUAAAAUUUUUUAAACUGAAAUUCUAGUGAUGACUGCAUUCAUCAGACUUCAACACAAGGGAAAAGGAGACUCUGAACUUUCAAAUUUGUUUUAAUACAACAACUAAGGAGCUUUAGUUUAGAAAUGGUUAAUGUAUUCCAAGAAAAGACUCUGAUGGGCUUCAGUGAAUGUCCCCUAAGAAAUGGGUGGUCCCAGUAAAGCCAUAGGCUCAUGGACGUAUGUCAGCAUUUUACAGUACCUGUCUGCAUAAAAUGUAUUCUCGUGAUGAAGUGUAUGUCACUAUCAGGCAAGUCUUUGCAACUGAGUCAUGUUUUGGCUGUAAAGUAAGCAAAAGAAAUAAGAAUCCUGUUAUAACCAGGUGAUGUGGCACACGUCUUUAAUCCCAGCACUCGAAGCAGAGGCAAGUGGAUCUCUCUGAGUUCAAGGCCACCACGCUCUACAAAGCGAGGUCCAGGAAGUCAAGGAUACACAGUGAAAUCCUAUGUUGGGAAAAAAACUGGUACAAUAAAGUGUUUAAUCAGAGGCAGCAAGGUGGCUCAGCUAAAGCCAUUCACCACCAAGUGUAAUGAUCCGUUCAACUCCUGUGAUACAUGUGGUAGAAUGAGAAUUAACUUCCUCAACUGUCUUCUGAUCUCAACAUACACUUCUGAGGUUUACACACAUACACACACACACACACACACACACACACACACAAAAUCAUGCACGCACACACCCUUGCAUGCACCCACGUGGUGGGGCGAGAGAGAAAGAGAGACUCACAUGUGUGCACACACAAGUGCGGUUAAAAUGGAGCAGAGAUCCAUAGAGAUAUAAAAUGGACAACAAAACAUAAAAUAAUGAGAAUAUCCAACAUAAAAAGAGAAUGUCAAGGAAUGAGUAAAAGAACUGUUUGGAGAAGCUAUGUCUUAAUAUUUCAGUCUGCAAACAGAUCCUGAGCCACAAAUAAACAAAACUAAGUCCAAAGUGUGCUGCUUUUAUCAGAGAAAUAACAAAACAUCAAAUUGAAAGAGAAACUUCCACGAGCUUCAGAUUAGGGAUAAAAGACAUAGCUUCUUUAUAAAAUGGCUCCAAGUAAGUACAUCAAUUACAAAAUAUGGAAAGCAGAAUAUAACCGGACACUGAAGGGGAGAACAGCAGCUAACCUGAGGGUAUUCGUUGGUAGGCAAUCUUUCGCUUGCCCCUUUUCAUCUGUCCCUUUCUACUCUCUGCUUUACUUUUAGAAUAUUUUUAGUUUACCUUAUUCAGCAAGGAUUUGUCCAGUUUUUAUUAUUUUUUUUAAAAAUACACCCAAAUUUGAGUGCUGGAGAAAUGACUGAAAAGUCGAGAGCAGUUCUUUUCUGUGUUCUGUUCUCAGCACCCAAAUCAGGAAGCUGAGUAGUUUGUCCUUGUGAUGAUCAAGAAUGACCACAUUCGGGUUGGGGAUUUAGCUCAGUGGUAGAGCGCUUGCCUAGGAAGCGCAAGGCCCUGGGUUCGGUCCCCAGCUCCGAAAAAAAGAACCAAAAAAAAAAAAAAAAAAAAAAGAAUGACCACAUUCUAUUUCCCCUACGAGAAGACAAUAUUGGUUUUCCACUCCUAAAGUUUACUCAUUAGAAAGAAGCGUCUAAUGUCAAAUCAAAAGCUUCACAAUGUAGAAUGUGACCACAACUAAAUUAUUUUCGACAUUAAAUCUGGAAACACCUUCAAUAACGUCAGUUUAGGGUGGUAACAGGCCACUGGAGAGAGUGCUUAAAAGCAAAAGAAGGAAAUGCACUUGAGAAAGGGCUAAUAAUCGGAAUAAAGGGCCUCACAGGGGAAAUGUUGAAAAGUCACUAUACACCGACUUUAAACAUCAAUCAAGAGAGGGGUAAUUGUUCAAAUUCUGAAGGUUAUGAUGGGAUCAAUGAGAAAAUCAUCUUCCUUAGUCAAUCAUAAGGUUGAAGCUUAUGAUUUGAGCUCAUUUUCCAGUCAACAGAAGCUUGUGGUUUGAACUUCUUUUCUACUUGUCACGGCCACAGCCUUCAAUAGGCCAGAACCAAAAGUCUUGCACUUUAGAAUGAUUCUAAGAGACUGAACACUGAGAGUAGGAAUUAUAAAAAUACCUACAGCGGGGCUGGAGAGAUAGCUCAGUGGUUAAGAGUACUGAUUGCUCUUCCAGAGGUCUUGAGUUCAGUUCCCAGCAACCACAUGGUGGCUCACAACCAUCUGUAAUGGGAUCUGAUACCCUCUUCUGUCCUGCAUGUGUACAUGCAGAAAGCUGUACAAUGUACACAUAAAUAAAUAAAUAAAUAUUAAAAAAAUACCUAUAGCAAAUAGUCACAUGAAAAGUUCAUUAUAAAACUGGAAACAAAAGUAGAAAAAUUAAUGGUAUUGAAUGAAUACAGUAUGGCAUGUGCUUUAUGAUACUGUGUCACUAAAUCAAUAAAUAUAUUUAUUAAUAUUGUUGAGUUAAAUGAUACAAAUAAAAUGACUUUAAAAUAUUUAUUUACUUGUGUGGGUGGAGUUCCUACCCUCGCACAUGUGAGUGCCACAGUGCAGGUGUAGAGACAAGAGGACAACAUUCAGAAGUUACUUCUCUCCUUCCACCAUAUCAAUUCUGGGGCUAAAACUCAGAUCAUCAACCCACUCCACUGGCCCUUAAUACAUUCUUUAAAUCUAUAUUUAUAUCCCUCAAAGUUUCUAUACUCAAAUGGACUAGAAAACAAAACAAAAGAUACUAUCUUAGUUCAUUGUCUGUAAUUGUAACCACAUGACACAGCCUGGGUAAUUUCUUAAAGAAAAUAGAUUUGUUGGGUUCUACUGUGGAGACUGGAAGUUUCAAGAACACAGCAACAGUGUCUGACUAGGGCCCUCUUGCUACAUCGUAGCAUGACCAGGGCAUCACUAGGGAGACAGAGCAGAUGUGAUAACGAGCUUUCUCUACUUGUCCUUAUAAAGCCACUGUGCCGUCCUGGGGAUUCUGUCCAUGGUCGUAUCUAAACUCAAGGUCCUGGGCAGGUAAUGAAGACAGUGAGCAAAAUCUCUGCCUCUUAGCGCACAGCAGUAGAUGUUUCAUUGCUUUGAAUGGAAGAAAUCUUGCUCCAUCAACCACAGAGAGGCUGGCCCACGACAAGCAGGAGAAGUGGAUCCCACCUCUCUCCCUGUGUCCUCCCUUGAAAAGUACCAUUGCACCUGUGAGUAAUGGGCAUUUGCUGUGCACAGAAGAGGGAGAUCCGUCAGGUUUAUGGUGGAUGCUGUUUAAUGCACUUCCUGUAGGUGACCUCCCAACCAAUAUCUUCAGAGAGAAGUUAAAAAGCAGAGAGCAAUGGUUACUAUCUCUGGGUCUGGCCUUCUGUUUUCUCUUUGGACAACUCUGGUCAUAGAGCAGGCUAUGAAGAGACAGGAGGGAGGGAUCUUGCUGAUCACUGACUCUGCCACCUCCCCACACUGACCCUGUGUAGCCAUGCAUGGGUCGGACUCAUCUGCAUUAAUGAAUUUUCCCUUAGAUUCUGAUGAUCACCUUGACACUUUCUGUAAGGUGUAGGUAACAGUCAGUUCUCUGUAUACAUGGGACGUUGGUUCCAGGCCCCCUCAUCGAUAUCACGUCUGGUCAGGCCUCCUAUGUAAAAUUGUGUAGUGUUCAAUAUUCAAUACAAUGUGGAUUCUAAGAAAAUACAUUGGUUUAUUAAGAAAUCGUGACAAGCAGAUAGAUCUCUGCAUGUUUGAUACAGAAAUAACAUCUUUUAAAUGUCUCUCCCUCCUUCUCCUCUUUCCUUUCAUUUUUCCUCAUCUAUAUCUGUUGCUGUAAAAUUAUAUUAAAUGGCUUUCUUCUACUCCCACUGGGUCUAGCACUGCAGUGCCCCAAGAUAUCUGGUCUUGGCAGAAACUCACAUCCCAACCCUGGGGCGGCCCAGUGUCUCUGCUGCCACACACUCUCCCAACCUCCAUCCUCCACAUGAGAGAACACACAACACAACAACUCCUGAUCCGAUGGAUAAGAUAUAAUCGCCCACGUAGACAUACAAGGCCCUGUACACAUCCAUCCCUUAAGAACAUUCAUAACAACCUGUAAAUACACAGAGUGGAACCUUAACGUCAGCCUCCAUGUCCUCUCCGUGGCUUCUCUACCUUCUCCUCCAGUCUCCAGUCCUUUCCAUUUCAGUCUCCUCCUCUUCCUUCAAGCUUUUCUCCUGCCCACCCUUCCUUCUUGUCCGAUGACAGGCCUCAUUCUAUCCCGUACCUGCCUCACCUGUAUGACACCAUCCCACAUUUCACCCUUUUUGUCUAACUAAAAAAAAAAAAUUUCUCUCAAAUGUAAGCUGAGCACAACUAUUAUCAUUUUGUAAUUAAAAGCAUAAAAUAUAUCUAACACCCAGUCAAACACUAUAUCAGUUAAGCAGAACAUUUAGUUAUCCAUUCCAGCUUAAGAAAGGCUUAACAUCUGUGUUAUAUCCUGGCUAGCUUGUAUACUAUCUGAUAACUAUCUAAUAAAAUAUGUAUUUUCAGAGUUAAACAGCCUGAUAGGCUAUGAGACUAUAAUCAGUCUUCAACCCAGUCAGAAAUCUGAGAAUGACCAACUAUCUAUAAACAUAGGCUUCCAGACCUGAGAGGUUGUGGAUUUCUGACAUUUUUGAAAACCAUCUAUCUAUAUAGAACAAUCUGGACUGUUUUCCAUUUUUAUCUUAUUAUCUUGAAAGUACACUAGCGAACUCAGAGCCGUGAAUUUGCUAUUUGGCCCUUAAAUCACAUGUGUAAUCAGCUCAGAAAUUCGUAAUGGCAUCAAUAGAAGGACUGACUCUAAACCUUGUACUUUUAAAAUUUUUUAACAAAUUCUAUACCAAAGUAAAGAUAUGAUUUUAGCUUAGUGACCAGAUGAGAUUAUGACUGCAUAACUCAAUCUAUCUAAUUCCUCCCUGUUAAAUUACAUGAAUCUCAGCAGCCACAAACCAAAAAUCCUAUUUUCCCAAAAUCUCUCUUUAAUUAUUAAUAUCCUGGGCCCCCUUCCGCUUAUGACACAGAUCGAUAACUUACUGCAAGUUGAGUAAUGGGCUAUGCAAGCUAUUUACCCUGAUUCCAGGAGGAAGAAGGGAAAGAGCCUACUGAGUGCUGCGAGGGGAGCUCAGGCUGAAGUCAGGACCUGGUGAGCACAGGGUCACUGGCCACACAGGGGAGGAGCGGGCGACUGAGCAGUGGUGGGUGGAGUGGUAGGGCCUCCCUGGGGCUGGUCCGGGAGACAGAUAGUUAGGCUAUUGGUGGACCGGGCACAAGUGCUACAAUCUCUGCAGAUCUGGAAAAGAUCCGGUCCUGGACUGGAAGCCCAGGCCAAGAACCUCUACUGAGUCCCUUAUGCACGCUCUAAUCCUAAGGAAGGUGCUCGUGCCAUUCAAGACUCACUGGCCAAUCAAAGCCUCUAUUCGUGCCAAUCAGAAUAGGAGGCGGUAUCUUCUGCGACCACGCGGGGGCGGAUUCCUCCCGGUAGCUGCACGGGCUCGAAUCCUCUGUCCUGCAACUGGAUGCUGUGGGGCGCGCUCAGGCAGGCUCUGCAGUUGUGGCAUGGAUGCAGUGACCUAUGAUGAUGUGCAUGUGAACUUGACUCGAGAAGAAUGGGCUUUGCUGGAUCCUUCACAGAAGAAUCUCUACAAAGAUGUGAUGCUGGAGACCUACUGGAACCUCACUGCUGUAGGCUACAAUUGGGAAGACCAUAAUAUUGAAGAACAUUGUCAAAGUUCCAGAAGACAUGGAAGGCAUAAAAGAAGUUCUACUGGAGAGAAGCCCUCUGAAUAUACUCAGUGUGGUAAAGCCUUUGCAUAUCCUGGUUAUCUUCAAGUACAUAAAAGAACUCACACUGGAGAGAAACCCUAUGAAUGUAAUCCAUGUGGCAAAGCCUUUGCAUAUCCUGGUCAUCUUCGAAGACAUGAAAGGAUUCAUACUGGAGAGAAACCUUACAAAUGUAAUGAAUGUGGUAAAGCCUUUGCAUUUAGCACUAAUCUCCAAGUACAUAAAGCAACACAUACUGGAGUGAAGCCCUACAAAUGUAACGAAUGUGGUAAAUCCUUUGCACGACACGGUCAUCUCCAAAUGCAUAAAGUAACACAUACUGGAGAGAAAACUUACAAAUGUGAUCAGUGUGGUAAAGCCUUUGCAUAUCAUAGUUAUCUCCUAGUACAUAAGAGAACUCACACAGGAGAGAAACCCUAUAAAUGUGAUCAGUGUGAUAAAGCCUUUGUUUGCCCUGGUCAUCUUCAAGGACAUAAAAGAACACACACUGGAGAGAAACCCUAUAAAUGUAAUGAAUGUGGUAAAGCCUUUGUACAUCAUGGUUAUCUCCAAGUACAUAAAAGAACUCACACUGGAGAGAAACCCUAUAAAUGUGAUCAGUGUGGUAAAGCCUUUGUUUGCCGUGGGUAUCUCCAAGUACAUAAAAGAACUCAUACUGGCGAGAAACCCUAUGAAUGUAAUCAGUGUGGUAAAGCCUUUGCACAUCAUGGGUAUCUCCAAGUACAUAAAAGAACACACACUGGAGAGAAACCCUAUGAAUGUGAUCAAUGUGGUAAAGCCUUUGCACAUCAUGGGUAUCUCCAAGUACAUAAAAGAAUUCACACUGGAGAGAAACCCUACAAAUGUAAUCAAUGUGGUAAAGGCUAUUCACAAUCAGGUCACCUCCGAGUGCAUACAAGAACACAUACUAGAAAGUAACCCUAUGGAUGUAACCAACGUGGUAAAGUCUUUACAGGUCGGAAUGAUCUUCAAAGAUAGGGUGGUUUGAAUAUGCUGGGCCCAUAGCUAGUGGCACUAUUCGGAGAUGUGGCCUUUAAGGAACUGUGUCACUGUGGGGCUGGACUUUGAGAUCCUAUGCUUAAGCUCCACCCAGGGCAGAAGAGUCUUCUCUUGGCCGCCUUCUGAUCAAGAUGUAGAACUCUCGGCUCCUACAGCACCGUGUUUGCUUGGACACUGCCAUUCUUCAGCCUUGAUGAUAAUAGACUGAAUCUGUACACCACCCACCAAUUAAAGGUUGUCCUUUAUAAGAGUUGCCUUGGUCAUAUUACAUUUUCACAGCAAUAAAAUCCAAAUUAAGACAAAAGGCAUAAAAGAUAUUACACCAGAGUGACCCCCUGCAAAUGUGUUGGAUAUAGCGAAGCCUUUGCACAUUUCUGUAGUCCUCACUAAAGCAGAAGUAUUCACACUUCCAUUCACUAAAACCCUGUGAAUGGAAGCAGUGUACAGCCUUUGCCCUUCACAGUUAUCUCUGGAUGCACAAAAGAACCCAUACUGGAGAAAAACCUUAUGGAUGUGCUCAGUGUGGUAAAGUCUCUCUGUGUUUUAAAAUUUGCAUAGAUCCAUAACAGUUCAAUCACCUGGUCAAAGUAAAUGCCAAGGGUUUGAUGUAGUGAGGUCGGGUGGGUUAGAGGGUUAGGGUUUAAGGUGGUUGGGGUUACAAAGUUAAGGGUUAGGGUUAGAGGGUUAGGGGGAUAUGAUUAGACGGUCAGGGCUGAGGCUGAGCUUAGGGACAGGUUAGGGGUGGAAGGGCAGUUCCGGGUCAUGGUUAGGUUAGUGUCAGGAGCAACAAGCUAAUAACUGGCAGGUGAUCUUCCUGAAAUGGUCUGCCUUGGUUAUAAUAAUCCAUUGCAGAUGUCCUCCUGUAGUCAAGGCCCAGGAGAAAAUCACUCUAGGAAAGAUUCCUGCUAUUAAUAUGCUUUUCCUGUCAUUAAACAUAUGGGACUAUCACUAGGUAUUAGCCCACCAUUUUGAGCAGCUCUCUGCAGAUUUAUGAAGAUUUUCUGUCUUGUAGUGAUGCUACGUAGAGAGAUAGAUGAUUUCUUGAUACUUAAUGAUGAUCCUGUAAGAAUUCCUGAAAUUAUAUCAGUAUUUGUUAAGAUAUUUUAUAGCAGGACUGCUAGUAGGUCCUUUCUGAUAGUCAAAACAGCAAUGAGAGCUCUGCCAGUUCCCCACGUGUUAACGGUUCAUUGCUUCUAGAUGGCAGUCAGAUUUCCUACCACUCAGCACAUUCCAAGAGGUUGUAAAACCAUUAACCAAAGGUCAUCAAAAGGAACUAAUGACUUAUUUUAGGACAGAAGAUAAGAUAUUGACUGAGCUUAUCUAUACAAAACUUCACUAAUAACUUAGUUACUUGGUUUUAAAAUCUUGAUGAACCUGUGGAGCUGAGACAGGUGAUGAACGUUUAGCCAGGUAAUUUCUCCUAAUGGAUAUGCAUGUAAACAUUCACUGAUGUUAGCUUUUUAUUCAAUGUCUGAUUUAAAUUUAUGUGUAAACUUGUGCUCAACUCUUUAACAUGCGUACUUGUAUGCUGAAAGAUGUAUAAGUGCUGAGGACAAAGAGAGGAGAGCGAAAUAUUUUCCCUUAUCCCCCUUUUUCAUUCAUUCUGUUUCCCCCCUUUUGCUUAGAGAGCUUUCAUAGGAAACGUUUUACAACUUAGUAAUAAAUGCUAAAAUCACUUU